GUCUCCUUUGACGCCGCCUGGUCUCCUUCGGUGUCUUAGUUCCGGCGGAGGGGCUUCGGAGGCCGGGGCCCGGGAGAGCCUUCCCUCCAGAGCCAGCCCCGAGGGGAGGCUUAGGAGGGUCCAGAUCUCUCACUGCUGGCCAGUCAGUCAGACGAGGCCCAGGAAGGGCUCCGAGGGGAGCGAGGGGCGGCCUCGGCAUCCUCGGCCCCGCUGCCCUCCGCCUCUUGCCCCCGCUGGGACUCACUGGGGCCUGGCAGGAGGGACCCCUGAGCCCCGGCUUCGGCAGCGCCCCUCUCCUCUGGGGCCGCCCCGCUCUCUUGGCCAGGUUUGCUCGGAGGAGGCUGGCCCCGUGGCCCAGGAGCCCCAGCCUAAGGGGCGGAAGGCAGGCUGCGCCGCGGGGCCCUUCCCUUCCCUUCCCGAGCAGAGGCUGCAUCCCCUCCCUGCGUCCAGGUCCCGGCUUCUGACCCUCGAGGCCAGCAAGGCCAGGCCUCGGGAAACACUUGAAUGAAGAACCAAAGCAGAGGCGGAGGAUGUGCCCAGGGCUGGAAGAGGCCCCAGAAGGCCCUGCCUCCGAAGGGAGGCAGAACCUCCUUCCCUUCCCAGAUUGCUCCCUCCUGGGAUCCUGAAACAGGGCUGCUCUGAUCUGGCCUCUGAACCAAGCGCCCCAAGUCCUUCCUCAUAGAGACCUGGCCAUUUUGGCCGCCCUCCUUUGGACACAUGGCUCCAGCUUCUCAGGGUCCCUUUUGAACUGUGGAGCCCAGACCUGGACUCAGGGUUAUGAUUCCAGAAAAGCCAAGCCUGGUGUGACUUGGUGAGGUCUGUGGCCUUGAUGCCGCUUCUGGAAGAGGAAUCUAGAACCAGUGGGUCUUUCAGGGGACCUUUGGAUGGAGCUGGUGGUGCGUUCAAUAAAGAUUGGCGGCUCCUCAUGGAACGCAUGGCCUUCUGGUUGUUGUCCUGGUUGUUGCUCCGUGGCAAAGCGCUUAGACGCUGCGAAGCGUGUCCCAGAGCAUCCGCCGCUGCCCCCGCUGCCGAGCCCCGAUCGCCCAGGCGGAGGACGGGGGCUGCAACCGGAUGAGCUGCGCCCUCGAGCUCCACUUCCUCAGGGCUGGGGGUCCCCCUGGCGCUGGCCUACCUCUACGGGGCGGUGCUCCUCGCUCCGCUGGAGAAAGAGCGGGACGAGGGCCAGGAGCACCAGGAAGAGGAAGAGGGGCUCCUGGCGGAGCUGGCCCCAAAGGAAAGGCCUGCAGGAGCCCCAGGGCCUCGCCAUCGCCGCCUCCAACACUAGCCGCUCCCCCGCGGAGUCCCCGGCCAAGGCCAGCCCCGAGGAGGAGGAGGAGGAGGAGGAGGAGGAGGGCGACGGGGGGGCAGCCUGGACGGAGGAGCGACGGAGGGACGGACGGAGGGCUCCCCCGAGCCCUGGCCAGCGCCCCCUUUGCCGCCCAAUCCCAGCCCUUUGGCACGGCUUUUCAGGUUCUGCAACACAACGACGACCCUGCAGAGAACACCGUCCUCAAGCUGACUCUCAAGUCUGUAAGGAAGAAGGAAAGCCACCUGGUUUCUGCUUCCAUGCUUAAAGAGAGCAGAGAGAGGAAGGAAGGGGACAGAGAACAAAGGGCAAGGAAGGACAUUGACCCUCAGAAAAGGGGGGUAUGGGAAGGGGCCUCUGCCCACCCCUCUUCUCCAAGAAAGAAAACAGUGAUGCUCAUACUCCAGCUGCAUC